CAAAAAAGUCGAGUUUUGAAUGGGCGCCACAAAAGUCGGCGUAAAUUUUAUCUCGCUAUCAACAAGUCACUUUUUACCGGUAAAUAAUUCAUCAUUCAUCAACAAACGGUUUGAGUACUUGAGUUCGAUUUUUCGAGUUUUUAUUUGGUGAAAUAUUGAGCGUUUUCUAUGCAUGGCUGAGCAAGUAUCGAAGGAAGAAGGGAAUAAAGAUAGUGAAGAAUGUAAAGAAGUCAAAAAAGAAGACUUAGGUAAUGUUUUAGAAUAGAUAAGCCGACAGUAAAACCAAGGGUGGGAAUGGAUCAUGGAUGUAAAUACUUUUCAUGUGAACGCCUGAAAUCACUCGAAUCAGUAACCUUGACUGCCUUUGUAGCUGCAGGGAAAUAGAAAUGGGAGCGAUUAUAGAACGUCAGGCCAACUCAAAGCUUCAAUGUUGUUCUGAUGGUAAAAAUAUGUUAGUAAUUUUAGAUUAAUUUCAAAUUAUUUAAUGCCAAACCCUGAACCUACCUAUUCAACAAAGGCUGUGUUUACACUAUAACGAUAUGGCUAGCAUUCCGUUAAAAAUUUCCUAUGUUUCUUACGGCUCUUUUCCACUUGUUGCAAAAACCAACUCGCAAGCUUGCUGCAAGUAUUUUCGGCCAAUCACAAUGCUUGACAGUUUAUUUUAAUUAGACGCAAGGGUCCAUUCCAUUUAAUAUACACACACCCCUGUUGACGAGAUUUUCAAUAAAUUUCCGAGGGGAGUAAAUCAUUUCCCGAAAAUUUCCGAGGGGGUCUAUCGUAAAUAUGGAACCACGUCAACAGGUAUUUCCAAGGGGCUUGAGAAAAAUUGGAAAUUUCCGAGGGAGUUCUAAAAAAAAAUAGCGAAUUUCCGAGGGAGUCUUCUGGAAAACCGUUUCCGAAGGGGUCUAAAAUCAGUAAACUAGUCAACAGGAGGGUGUGGAUUUUAAAUGGAAUGGCCCAAGUACUUGCAGCAGUCUUGCAAGUUGGUUUUGCACUGAGUAAAAAAGAGCCUUUACGCCAUGUUUACACUAGCGAGCUUAAGCAAGCGACGUUUUUGACAACAUGAACGGCAUGAGUAACGUUAAUUAAAAGACUGGGUCAAGAAUGUUGAUUGGUUGAUAACGUCAAAUUUGCUUCCGGUCAACAUCCGUGUUGUCAAAAACGUCACUUGCUUAAGCCUGCUACUAUGAUGCUACAGCAAAUUUAAUGUAGCGUAUUGAUUUGCAUACAGAGUGUCAAACAUAGUGGUCCAUAGUUGGUACGCCACGGCAAAUCACUCUGCUAUAGCGUUAAACACAAUACUAUGAAAUGUAGUGAAUUUUUAAUGGUAAAUAUUAAACAACAUGGUUUUUACUAAUUUACCAUAUGCAAGGUCUGAAAUUUGCAGUACACCGAUAUCCACGGGAUACUAAAAUUUGGUUUUGGAUACCAAACUAUGAAUAACUUGUAUCCCAACUGGAUACUAAGAAAAUUUCAAACAUUAGGAAAAUGUUAAGCACCUCUGACAGGCUCCUGAUAGCUUUUGGAUACUAUGAGUUUGCCACCCAAGCCUUUCCUCAUAUUAUGUGCAUUUUUUUGUAUUAAUGAGUUAAGUUGUUGUUGACUGUUGAAUCUCCUGUUAGUAUUGUAAUUUGUAACAGUGAGAGUUAUGGAGACUUAUUAUUAGCAUGACAAAAGUACUUGAUGCUGAUUGGUUGUUAUUUCAUUAAUUGUACUGCAGUACAAUUAAUGAUUUUCCCAAAACAAACAAAAUGGCAGAAAGGUAUUUUUAAACACAAAUGUGAAAUGAAAUUGCGCUAGAGGAACUAGAUGAAAAUACGAACAAAAGCACCAAAUUUUUCUUUAACAAAAGAACUAAAUGAAAAUACGAACAAAAACACUAAAUUUUGGUUGAAAGUCUUGGAGGCUUUGGCGAGAGAAUAUGAUGUUGACAUUGAGAAGUAUCCAAUUAUUUUUGUCAUGCUAAUAAUAAACAAGUAAUCAUGCGAUGUUGCUCGUACAAUUAGGGGUUAAUAGUACUCGUGAUGUUUGGAAAUUUGCCCCUGCGGCUCGUCCAAUUUUGGCAAAAUUUCCAAACAUCACUCAUACUAUUAAUCCCUAAUUGUACUCGCCAUCGCAUGAUUACCUAUACUUAUUUGGAUGGGACAGGGUAUAAUACUUAAAUGGUAACCAGUAUCCAGAACGAAAUGGGAUACUGGAUUUUCAGGGGGGGUACUAAACUAUGAAUACUCAGUUGGAUACUGAUAUGGGAAAUCUAUAAUAACCAAUAAUGGUAAGGUUCAGUUUCUACAUUCAAAAACCCAUGAUGGAAAGUUUUUUUUGUGAUAAUAGGCAUGAUCCCAAUUGACUGGUAUUUUAUAAUUGUACUCUUCCCCAUAACAAUGAAACCCACCAAUAGAGGGCUACGGUUUAGACUCAAAUUAUUGGAAAGUUUGUGAAAGUGCUAAAUCAUUUAUUGUUUUCUGCAGAGGCUACACAUUUACAUGGUGAAAAUAAACAAGAAAGCAUUCCUGACUGUCCUGUAUGUCUACAAGCAUAUACAUUACCGGUCAAACUAAAGUGUGGCCAUAUAUUUUGCUUUUUAUGCAUCAAAGGCGUAGCAUUUCGUAGCCGACGGUGUGCACUGUGCAGACAAGAUGUCGAUUUAAAAUAUUUUGACCAUCCAGAAAUUGUCCAUUUUGAAGCAAAGACAUCUGGUGACGAAGGACAUGAGGAAUCGUCGGAGGAUACAGAUAGAUAUCAGUGGUACUACGAGGGUCGUAACGGGUGGUGGCAGUACGAGGAAUCAUCAUCAGCCGAACUGGAGAAAGCACAUAAAGAUGGCAAACGAUCAUGUGAGCUACUUAUUGCCGGUUUCUUGUAUUUUGUUGAUUUUGAUAACAUGAUACAAUUUCGUAAAACUGAACCGGGUCGUAGACGAAGGAUUAAACGAGAUGUUAUGGAUGCGGAAAAGAAAGGCGUUGCUGGAUUACGACUUGGUAAUCAAAGAUCAGACACAGCCCAAAGUGUUGCAAAUGACACCACAAACAACAGACCAACGUCAGCCGAGGCAAAUCCAACAGUUGAUCUGAGAAACAUUCAGAGAUUGGUGAUAGGCUCUGCCAAUGGGGGUGAUGGUGGCGAUAGUGACGGUCAAACUCCACAGCAUGCUAAUAGAAAUAAUUAGUAUUUGACACUGAACAUGGGGUGUUUUUCGUUAAUAUGGUCAGACCAGUCAGAUUGAUCAAAUUGUUCAGUGCUGUGGAGUACCAAACUUGUGAAUUUGACACGUGUUUGAUAUGGGAGGACAAUUUUGGCCAGAUUUAAAAGAAAAAUUGACCUGGAUCUUUCCAUCAGAAAGGACCAUGGUGAGAUGGUCAGACCAUGUCAAUGGAAAGCAUCCAGGGAUGAGAUGUGUGAUAUAUUGUAUUAUAUUAAUAUUCCAAUUUUGAUAGUUCAUUGCAUUAUACUUAAAAAACCAAAUGAUUUGGAACCUAUAUAAUUACUUAUGAGUUAAUAAUAUUAUGUACAUAUAUGUACUUACAUGUAUAGAGUUAAAGUUUAGAUAGGGGGUAUAAAAAAUUUAAUUCAUUAAAGUUUGGGUAUGGAGCUUGGAUGUUCAUUGUCAU